AUGGUUCCUGUAUCUGAGAGCAGCUCAGAGUUCGGACCAGAUGGUCCAGUCUUUCGGGCUCAGGAGCUCGGAGCUCGGAUUAGGUCUGAAUUGGACAUACUUCAGAGCUCGGAAAAUACUGUGAGACCAUCUGAGUACUCUGACGUAGAGCAAUGGUAUAGCUCUAUACUGAAAAAUCUUAACUCGGAUUCUUCAGCCUCAACUCAAAUUCUCCAUGUUUACAAAACAGUGUUUGAAGGCUUCUCCGCCAAGCUUAUACCAGACCAAGUUCAAGAGCUUGAAAAACGCCCUGAAAUCAUUGCGUUAUUUCCUGAACAUACUUAUUACCAUCAAACCACCCGGUCACCGGAUUUUCUUGGACUCCGAGCUAGUUUCCCAGGAAACAUGUAUAACGAGUCAGAAUACGGUGACAAUGUGAUCAUCGGAUUGCUUGAUAGUGGUAUAUGGCCGGAACUAAGUAGUUUUGACGACGAGGGUUUGGGUCCCAUUCCUUCUCAUUGGAAAGGAGAAUGCCGCGGAGGAGAAGGGUUUCGGUGCAACAAAAAGCUCAUCGGAGCCCGAUUCUUCAACAGCAAAGGCGUCAAUGCAACUGAUGGUAACACCACUCGAGACGCUUUCGGUCAUGGAACGCACACAGCUUCUACGGCUGCCGGACGAGCAGUGAGCAAUGCGGAUUUUCUUGGUUUUGCAGAAGGCACUGCGGUGGGUGUUGCACCCAAAGCUAGAGUUGCCAUGUAUAAAGUAUGUUACGUAAACAAAGGCUGCGGCGGCGCUGAUAUUCUCGCCGGCUUUGACAAGGCCGUUGAAGAUGGCGUCAAUGUUAUCUCCGUCUCCUUAGGUUCGAUAUUUUCGCAACCAUUGAUCUAUGAUGAGAUGGCGAUUGGCUCAUUUGGUGCAAUGGAGAAGGGUGUAAUUGUCACAGCUGCUGCAGGCAACGCUGGUGAAUUUGGUUCUGGUUCUGUGUGUAAUGUAGCGCCGUGGAUGAUCACUGUUGGUGCUAGUACAAUUGACCGGAAGUUUCCUGCUGAUAUAUUACUCGAAGUUUGUCAUCGGUGA